AUGAACUCAAUCUACACAACAUGUCAGGAGCUACUAAGAAGAACCAACCGUGCUCAGGUGCAGCAAAAGCACUCCAAUCAGACCCAGCAGAUGAGAGUGCUCGUUUCGCAACAACAAGAAUUUAAUUCCGUGACUUGUCAGCGCUACAACGACCCCUGCAAAGUCUCGCAAAAUGAACUCACUCCUGAGAAUAAGGAGAAAAUCAUCUCCACUGUUGACACACUUGAGUACAAUUUACGUCACCUCGAGAGCACGUAUGAUUCAGACGCAACUGACAGCAGCUCCGACUGUGAAAGCUGUGAUGAGUUUGAGGAAAAUGACUACAGAAAUUCUACUUAUCCUAUCACUGAAACGGCACUUCCCGCUUCAUCUUCUUCAACGCUGCCUUCCACCUCUUCGGACAAUAAAAGGCACAUACCAAUACAAAAGCGGUACAGUUGGAAAUGGGGCGCCGACAGGAGUGCCAUUGGUUCACGCUGGUCUUGGCUUCAGGCACAAGUGACUGAUCUCGAGACCAAGGUGAGACAACAAAACGACAUCUUCAGGCAUCUACGAGCUACAAAAGGAUCUAUCGUUUUUGGCGAGGACGACAAGUCGAAGCGUCAAUUCCCAUCUAGUUCAUCUAUCACCACCAGUCAUGCCAGCGUUAAUAAUAAUUUCAAUCAUUCACAACAACUCCAAUCAUCCUCAUUAAGUUCGCUGUCAUCUGUAUCAUUAUCUCAACAAACACCACCAUCACAACCACCACCUCCACCCCUACCAUUACAACAACAACCAACACAACCCCUCUCAACUCAAGGGAUCAACAAUGUCGCCGUGUCGUCGUCUUCGUUGCCUCCUUCGGAAUCAACAGUUUCCACCAUCGACGCAAAUCCUCACCCUGAAAAGAGUGUCGAACCGUUGCAAGAGCCGUCUACACCGCAAUCUUUGUCGCAACCACCUGAGCCAGCAGAACAACCAGCCGGGCAAUUACAAACGGAAGAAAUGGAGGUAACUCCAGAGGAGAAGUCGGCGGAGGAAGAGCAGGUAGAAGAGGGCACCUGUAUGAGGACAAUUCCAUAUGUCAGCAUGAAAAGGAGAAAGUUGGUUCGUUCGGAGUACACCUUGUCGCUGGCCGUGAAGAAAGCUGUCAAGUAUUCCUCCAUACAAUGCUCUUGCACUCUUUAUCCUCCCUAUGUUCCUUCCUGUGUCAUUUGUACCGGACGUUACAAUUACAUGAACAGUAUUGAUCCCGAGUUCAUGCCAUAUCUUGAGCGAAUUUCUUUACUCGAUUCGGCGUGCCACCCCGUUCUUUGUAUGCCUAAUGAUGUGCCCGUCGGUUUGCAUAUUCUUCAAAUCCUCAAACGGGAAGAUAUCAACAGUAAACCGGCUUUAUUACGCAACAACAAAAAGAAAAAGAACAACGCUUUGAGCCCACUAAAGAUGGUUUCUGGUAACUCUAUUGAAAAGACAAAGAAACUGGGCUCAGUGUCAAAAACAAAAAAGAAACCUGAAAAGAAGCGUCGCCCAAGUUCCGAUACGGCAAAAAAGGUCAACCGCGAUCGUUUAUCUAGUGAUUGUAGCUUCCGAACAGAAUCGCCAGUUCCUUCUCCGCUUUCCGAGAGUAGCUCGAAUGGUGCCUCCAAUUUGACGCCCACGACGCCAAGUGCCCCUCUACAGAGACGACGACGCAGUGAACAGCACGCCUUUGACAUUAACAACAUCGUCAUCCCCUACAGCAUUGCUGCAAAUCGAAUUGAGAAACCGCAAUACAAAGACAUUAUCACUCCCAAGUGGCGAAUCUACGAGGAGUUUUCCAUUCCUCCGCCCGAGACCGUAAAGCAGCAAAUAAUCAACGGAUCAUCAGAGGCCAACAUGAACGGCAACACCAAUGGGCUCUACGAAGAUGAAUCCAACUCCGCCUUUGAAGCCAGGCACUCGAUCUGCGAACAGGUCGAACGGAAAAGAAUUCUUUCGUAUAUUCUCUCGACUUGA